AUGGCAGAGCUUUGUACCGAUAAAACUCCAGCAGCUGUGAGAAAUGCCACGGGACUUCGCUUGAUCACUGAGUCGACACCGAAUGAGAAAAGGGUGCAGAUUCUGCUUGAGCAAUUGAAGGAUGCCUAUGGUAUCGUGGUGGACAACUACCUGAAUCGACCUCGAAACGGAUGA